GUUUGUACUUCUCCGGAAAUGGUGAUUUGGCUUUCUCUUUGCCGGGAAUGGUGCUUCAGACUUUCUCUUCUAUCUUGUGUUCAUUCUUUGCCAGGUUUGGUGCUUCGGACUUUCUUGUGUUUAUUCUUUGCCGGGUUUGAUGCUUUGGACUUUCUUGUGUUUGCUCUUCACUGGGUUUGGUACUUUGAACUUUUUUGCGUUUGUUCUUCACCAGGUUUGGUACUUUGGACUUUCUUGUAUUUGUUCUUCACCGGGUUUGGUGCUUUGGACUUUCUUGUGUUGUUUGCUGGGUUUGGUGAUUUGGACUUUCUUGUGUUCGUUCUUCGCCAGUUUGGUUCUUUGCCGGGUUUGGUGAUUUUGUAUUCGUUCUUCGCCAGGUUUGGUUUUUGGUCUUUCUUGUAUUUAUUCUUUACUGGGUUUGGUGUUUUGGACUUUCUUGUGUUUGUUCUUCGCCAGGAAUUAUGCUUUGGACUUAAAUGUAGUAAUAAGUUUGGUGAUUUGGACUUUCUUGUAUUCGUUCUUCACCGGGUUUUGUGUUUUGGUCUUUCUUGUAUUUAUUCUUCACCAGGUUUGAAAUGGUGCUUUGGACUUGAUUGUAAUGAUAA